AUGGGGAUACAAGGAUUACUCCAGUUUAUUAAAGAAGCUUCUGAGCCCAUCCAUGUGAGAAAGUAUAAAGGACAGGUGGUAGCUGUGGAUACGUACUGCUGGCUUCACAAAGGAGCUAUUCCUUGUGCCGAAAAACUAGCAAAAGGUGAACCUACUGAUAAGUAUGUAGGAUUUUGUAUGAAAUUUGUAACCAUGCUUCUGUCUCAUGGGAUCAAGCCCAUUCUUGUAUUUGAUGGAUGUACUUUACCUUCUAAAAAGGAAGUGGAGAAAUCCAGAAAAGAAAGACGACAAGCCAACCUUCUUAAGGGAAAGCAGCUUCUCCGCGAAGGGAAAAUCUCAGAAGCACGAGACUGUUUCACUCGCUCAGUUAACAUCACGCAUGCAAUGGCCCACAGAGUCAUCAAAGCCGCCCGGUCCCUGAGGGUAGACUGUCUUGUAGCCCCUUAUGAAGCUGAUGCCCAGUUGGCCUAUCUCAACAAAGCUGGCAUCGUGCAAGCCAUAAUCACAGAGGAUUCGGAUCUCCUAGCCUUUGGCUGUAAGAAGGUUAUUUUGAAAAUGGACCAUCUGGGAAAUGGACUGGAGAUUGAUCAGUGUCGGUUUGGAAUGUGCAGACAGCUUGGAGAUGUGUUCACAGAGGAGAAGUUCCGUUACAUGUGCAUACUGUCGGGCUGUGACUAUCUCUCAUCACUUCGUGGUAUUGGAUUAGCAAAGGCAUGCAAACUACUAAGAUUGGCUAAUAAUCCAGAUAUCAUAAAGGUUAUCAAGAAAAUUGGGCAUUAUCUCAAGAUGAAUAUAACCGUACCAGAGGAUUACAUCAAAGGCUUUAUUCGAGCCAACAAUACCUUCCUUUAUCAGCUAGUUUUUGAUCCCAUCAAAAGGAAGCUUAUUCCUCUGAAUGCCUAUGAAGACGGCAUUGAUCCUAAAACACUAAGCUAUGCUGGGUGCUAUAUUGAUGAUUCUGUAGCUCUUCAAAUAGCACUUGGAAAUAAAGACAUAAAUACCUUUGAACAGAUCGAUGACUACAAUCCAGACACUGCUACGCCUGCCCAGCCAAGAAGUCAUAGUUGGAAUGAUAACACAUGUCAGAAGUCUAAUAUGAAUAGCAUUUGGCAUAGAAAUUACUCCCCUGGAUUUGAGGCAGAUACUGAUCCCAAGGCUACCCCAGUGAAGGAACGUACCAGUACUCUGGGCGUUGAACGGGUGAUCAGUAUUAAAAGGUUAAAUCUUCCAAGGAAGUCAACCACUGUCAAAAGACCAAGAAGUGAAGAGCUCUCAGAAGAUGACUUGUUGAGGCAGUAUGAUUUGUCAUGCGUGAAGAAGACCAGGAAGGAAGACUGUGACAGUAGUAAAUCGCUCAGCUCUCCUGGCAUGUGUUUGACUGACCUGGUAGAUGGAACUGCUAGUAAAGGAAGCUUCAGCACACCGCCUAGGACAAGAAAUAAAUUUGCUACAUUUUUACAGAGAAGAAAUGAAGAAAGUGGUGCAAUUGUGGUUCCAGGGACCAGAAGCAGGUUUUUUUGCAGUUCUCUAGAUUCUGUUGACUGUGAUUCAAAGAAAGAGAGCAGCCAGCCCUUCGAGGGCAGCGCCACGUCAAAUAAAGAGAACGAUCUGAUAGAAUCCGAUUGUUCCCAUGGUGAGAAGCUGGAUGAAGAAGCAGCACAGAAUUCAAGUGAUCAGAUUGCAGAUGAUGUGACUGUGUUUGCUGCUGAAACCCCUCCUCCGGCUUUUAAGACUAGCAGAUUCACAAGGACCAUCUCACCACCCACUCUGGGGAAACUUCGAAGUUGUUUUAGUUGGUCCGGAAGUCUUGGACAUUUUUCCAGAACUCCUAGCCCUUCUCCAAGCACAGCACUGCAGCAGUUCCAUGAAGAGAGGAAUUCUCCCUCUCUACCUCCUGAGAAGGAGGAGACGACUGGCGCAUCUCCAUCAAGGAGUGAUGACGUGAGAUGUGACUCUCAGCCCUUACCUGAAGCAGGGUGCUUGUCACAGCCUCACCUAGAAUUAUCCCCACACAGCCCCAGUGCACCAGAACCUUCUCCGCCUUCCAGUAAAGAGUCAGAUUCAGAGGAAUCUGACUCUAAUUCUAAAUCACCUGAUAAUCAAGGUUGCCAAAAUUCCAAACUCAAUUCAUCUCAUUUUUUCAAGAAAGACAAACUUCUCAAGAACAAGGUUCCUGGAUUGUAUAAAUCUAAUUCUGUGGACUCUCUUUCCACAACUAAGAUCAAGCCUCUAGUACCUGCCAAGGUCAGUGGGCUGAGCAGGAAAUCAGCAGGUAUCCAGAGGAGAAAGCAUCACAAUGCAGAGAACAAGCCCGGACUGCAGAUAAAAAUCAGUGAGCUCUGGAAAAAUUUUGGAUAUAAAAAAGACUCGGAAAAGCUUGCUUCUUGCAAGAAGCCAGAUCCUCUGUCUCCAGUCAAAGACAACAUCCAACUAACUCCGGAAGCAGAUGAUGAUAUAUUCAAUAAGUCCGAAUGUGCACGUGUUCAGAGAGCAAUAUUCCAAUAA